GCCGCAGCGACCGCUCCUGGUAGCGCUGCGAUCGGCUUGUCGGCCAUACCCGGAUGGAAGCGUAAUGGCCGCCAUCAGGGACUCGCAGGCCAUGGGGACCACGACAGAUAUCAUCUCUUUUGAUUGCUGUUCCUGUAUUGUGACUUUGCCCAAGCAUUAAAUUGUGUGCCUUUUGUUCCUUGAAGAAAGGAAGCUGGUGCUAGCAACCCCCAACUCUGUUUGAUCUGAGAAUUCUGGAUUCAUUUUCUUCCUCCUCAUAUCCCAGCACAAAUCUCCUCUCACCCCCAAAGUACUCUACACAGUCUUCCUUUCAAGCCCUCACCUUCCAUCCCAAGGCGUGUCGCUGUGAUUGUCCUGCCGCCAUAGCACAUAUGAAGAAACUAAGACACAGAUAUUGAGACUUCUCUAAAGUAACACAAACUAAUGAAUAUACUGAGGUGCAGAGAAGUUGAUGUUUGCCCAGUGUCACAGAACAGAGCUGGAACUCACGCUUGUAUUUCCUGAUUUCAAGAAUGGUGUUAUUUCUACUUCAAACCGUUACAUCUUGGUGAGUUAAUGUGUGGGAAAUCCCCGUAUUUUGAAGAUGUCUUGGCACAGUAUUGUGUCCUGUAUAAAUCACAAGUAACUUCGAGAGUUUUCAGGAAAAAAAAGAAAUUUGGAUUUUUUGUAAAAUCAUGCCAUCCGAACAGAAACAGUUAUUUUUUGAUGAAAAACAGAGUACUCUAAAAAAAGAUUAUGAUGUGAAAAAUGAGAUAGUUGAUACUUUGAGAUCAGUACUUAAACCAAAAAUUUCAGAAAGUAGUUUUCAUUAUAAACUAAAAAAUGUGAAAAUUGAUUUGCCGAAGAUAAAUAUUCCAAAUGAAGUUCUCUUGAAACACGAAGUUGACAAGUACCGAAAAUUAUUUCAGUGCAAACCACAGACUGCAAGAAAAUCUAUCAGUAUAAAGACUAUAAACCGUGUAGAGGAAUGUAUGCUGUUCCAUAAGUCUGAGAGAGUUGAGGAGGGUAUAAAAAUGUCUGCAAAAAUACUCAACUUCAACUGUUUAAAAUGCCAAGAUAGUACUCGAUACAGUCCAAAUGAUUUGCAGAAACACUUUCACAUGUGGCACCAUGGUGAAUUACCUUCAUAUCCUUGUGAAAUGUGCAGUUUUUCAGCAAAUGAUUUCCAGGUCUUCAAACAACACAGACGAACCCAUAGAAGCACUUUAGUAAAAUGUGACAUUUGUAAUAAUGAGAGUGUAUAUACUUUAUUAGACUUGACAAAGCAUUUUGCAUCCACACAUUGUGAAAAUGGUAAUUUUCAAUGUGAAAAGUGCAAAUUCUCCACCCAGGAUGUUGGCACAUUUGUUCAGCACAUUCAUAGACAUAAUGAAAUCCAUUAUAAAUGCGGUAAAUGCCAUCAUGUAUGUUUUACCAAAGGAGAGCUUCAGAAGCACCUUUAUGUUCAUUCUGGUACAUUUCCCUUCACUUGUCAAUAUUGUAACUAUGGUGCUACCAGGAGAGAGCACCUUAUAAGACAUGUUAUAACUUUGCACAAAGAACAUUUAUAUGCAAAAGAAAAACUGGAAAAAGACAAAUAUGAAAAAAGGAUGGCAAAGACUUCAGCAGGACUUAAGCUAAUAUUGAAAAGAUACAAGAUAGGUGCAUCAAGGAAGACAUUCUGGAAACGUAAGAAAAUCAAUGGAAGUGACCGAAGUAUGGAAAAGAACACUCAAGUGCUUAGAAAAGUGACUAGAACACUGGUUAAAUCUGAAGACCAGAGUCAUCUUGUUCAGGAACAUUUAAAUGUGGAAAAGGGUGAAAGACUGUACGGUGAGAAUAAUGAUAAACCUGCUGAGUCAGAGUCAGAAAAGCCAGUUGUUCUGUCCACUGGGCAAUGUAAUAGAGUUGAAGAGGGAUCAAAUUGUACUUCAGGUUUCUUGAAGAAUGCUGUGCAAGGACCUACAGUGUUAAUGGUGAAAAACAAUAGAAUAACAGUUCCUGCUAACUACAGUGCUAAGUUUAUGGGCUUCAAGAUGGUGGAUGGAAAACAACAUAUUGUAAUAAAGUUGCUGCCUACCAAUAAACAGAAUUUAUAUUCAACAGGCUCACAGUCAGAGACUGCAAAGGAUAGUACUCAUUUGCAGCCACAGACUUUGGAUACCACUGGAUUUUUAUCAGGAAUAACAACUGAGUUAAAUGACACAGUUUACAUGAAAGCAGCUACUCCACUUUCAUAUCCACCUGUACUUCCGGGGAAAAUAACUUCAGAAAAAGAAAUGACUUUGCUAUCUCAAAGGAACAAUAUGCUUCAAACAAAGGAUGAUGAAAAAAAUGUAUCUUCUUUGUCAACAACAUCAGAAUUGAUUACAUCAUCAGUGAACUUGACCACAAAACUUGAAACAAGAGAUGAUGACUUAUGGGGAAGUCAUAUUACUCAGAGUCACCCUGAGGUACUAGGUACUGCCAUUAGAAGUCCAGAUAUAGUCAAACCAAAUGCAUACAACAGUGGAGAUAUGCAUAACUAUUGCAUUAAUUAUGUCAACCCUGAGUUGCCUGUCGAAUCUCCCAACCAGGGAUCGUUACCUUUUCAUAAUUACUCAAAAAUGAAUAAUUUAAGUAAACGUCGUAGGUUUUCAGGAACGGCAAUGUGUGAAAACCCUCAAAGAGAACCUUCAUUAAGCAAGACAGUUUCUCAACAACCGAUAAGUGAAUCGGUUUUAUCCCUAGUGAGGAAGGAGAGCUCAAACCCAGAUAGCCUGUUAGCAUCUAUUAGCCUUUUACAUACUAAAGAUGGAACCUUAAAAACACAAACUGAAAUUGGAGAAGAAUGUGUUUUAGGAAAAGGACAAAACAUUGAUGGACAGAGCCUAUAUACUAAUGAAAAUCAGGAUUUAGAGAGUAUGACUGAAAAGUCUAAAUGGGAUGACAUUUCUAAUGUUGACUCACCCAUGAUGCCUAGAAUCACAUCUGUUUUCUCUCUCCAGAGCAAACAGGCAUCAGAAUUUUUGCCACCUGAAGUAAACCAGUUACUUCAGGAUGGAUUGAAAGCAAAAACUGAUGUAAAACAAGACUCUGCUAACUCUCCAAAUAAAGACCCGCCACUUGAUUAUGACCAGUCCUAUCAGAGACUUGAAGGAGAAGGCAAAGUCAUUGAAUCUUCAAAAGAGUUCAAAAUACAAGGCAUCUUUCCAAUUCCGUCUGCCAGUGUGGGGAUUAAUGUACCUACAAAUGAUCUGAAUUUAAAUUGUAGUGGAAAAGAAAAACAAAUGCUGUCAGUGUCACAAGAUAUGAGAGAUUCAGAGAAGACAGCUAGAAUUUCAGGUAUUGGCACAUUACUUAAGACUCAGUCAGAUGCAAUAAUAACACAGCAGCUUGUAAAAGACAAACUGCGAGCCACUACACAAAAUUUUGGUUCUUUAUAUAUACAGAAUCCACUUAUAAAUUCAGAACCAAAGAAUACUAUAUAUGUACAGACCCCAAAAGGCUUUUUUGUACCAUUGCACAUUGCAAACAAGCCUGGGUUACAUGUCCUUUCGCCAGGAAGAUCGCUUCCAUUUGUUAGUGCACAAGGUGUACCUGCUUCUCUUCUUUUUAACAAGAAACCUGGGAUGCUUUUGGCAUUUAAUAAUGGGAAACUUGAAGGUGUUCCCGCUGUCAAAACUGAGAGUGUUCAAGCUUGUGGAACUGCAACUAAGGAGCCUUGCAGAAUGCCUUUCUUAAAAGUAGAACAAAAUAAUAAUUGUCUGACACCUGCACUUUGUUCCAGCAUUGGCAGUUGUUUGAGUGUGAAAAGUUGCUCAGAAAAUACUUUGCCAUUAAAAGGCCCUUACAUUAUUAAAUCAGCAGCAAAUUCUUCCGUGAAAGCUGUUCCCACUUCUAAUGUAAUAUCUGAGCAUCAGGGCACUAAGUUGAAUAUCUUGGAUUCAGUAAAACAGCAGAACGAGACUUUUCCAAAACCACCUCUUUAUACCCUCUUGCCUGAUGGCAAACAAGCUGUUUUUUUCAAGUGUGUGAUGCCAAAUAAGACUCAGCUGCUUAAGCCUAAAUUCGUCCAAAAUAGUACUUAUUAUCAAAAUAUACAGCCAAAGAAACCUGAAGGAACACCACAAAAAAUACUGCUGAAAAUUUUUAACCCUGUUUUAAAUGUAACUGCUGCUAAUAAUCUUUCAGUAAGUAAUUGUGCAUCCUCAUUGCAGAAAGACACUGUACCAUCUAACCAAACUACAGGAGAGCAGAAAGAGCCAGAAUCUUCUAGCAAUGCCUUACCCUUCAUACUAGAUGAUAUGAUGCCAGCAAAUGAAAUUGUAAUAACUUCUGCGACGUGCCCAGAAUCUUCUGACGAACCGAUAUGUAUCUCUGACGGUUCAGAGACCAGGGUAUUAAGAUGUAAAACAAAUUGUACAAUUGAGAGAAGCUUCAAUAGAAAAAAGACUUCCAAAAAAAAUUUUUCAAGAAUAAAAACUCAAGUAAGACAUAUAGAUUCUGAAACUGCUUUUGUAUCUAGAAACAGAAACUGUAAACGAAAGUAUAUUGAUAGUGACCUAGAACCUCCAAGAAAAAAAGCAACAUUACAUAGAAAGUGUAAAGAAAAGGCUAAACCUGAAGAUGUCCAUGAAUCAUUUGGAUUUAGCAGACCUAGACUAUCAAAAGAUUCAGUCAGAACUUUGCGGCUUUUCCCCUUCAAUUCCAAACAGCUUGUGAAAUGUCCUAGGAGAAACCAACCAGUUGUAGUUUUGAACCAUCCUGAUGCAGAUGCACCAGAAGUAGUAAAUGUAAUGAAAACUAUUGCUAAAUUUAAUGGACGUGUACUUAAGGUUUCAUUGUCAAAAAGAACUAUCGAUGCUUUACUAAAACCAGUUUGUUAUAAUCCUUCUAACACAACUUAUGAUUUUUCCAAGAGACACAAAACAUUUAAACCUAUUAGUUCUGUGAAAGAGAGAUUUGUACUAAAAUUAACACUCAAAAAGACAAGCAAAAACAAUUACCAGAUUGUGAAAACUACCUCUGAAAAUGUUCUGAAGGCUACAUUUAACUGUUGGUUUUGUGGUAGAGUAUUUGACAAUCAGGAUGCCUGGGCUGGUCAUGGACAGAGACAUUUAAUGGAAGCUACUCGUGAUUGGAAUGUGUUAGAAUAAUUUAUUGUUAACUAUGGAAAAGAAAAGUUAUCUUAGAAAACAAUACUGGGUUGAUAACUUAAUGCAGACAUUUUCUAUUUCAAUUUAAUACCUGAAAUUACUUGUAAAAAUUGGUAGUGUGUCAACCGAAGAGCAGAAGGUAUGUGUGAUAUUUGAAAUUGCUUUCGCCACACACAUAUGUUGAAAGAAACAUGACAGCACAGGUGUACUUUGAUUUAAUUUUUUUAAAGUGUGUUCUUGAGAAGUUAGGGCUAAAGAUAACAUAAUUUUCUUGACUCAGUUCUUCAGUGACUCAGCAGAGGGUAAUGGCUGAUGGCCCCAUUCCCUCUCUUCUUCCACCAGCCUUAUGAAUCUGAAAAGUGUAGCUCCUCCAAAGAUGGAGAGCUCUUUCAUCAUGGAACUGAAGGAGUUUCUUACCAUUUGUGAAGAUGUACUGAGAAAGCUUGAGUAAAGAACUUACAACUUACUCUACAUCUGCUAUAGUUCUUUGGAGGGGUACUGGGUGCUUUGAGAAUACAUUUAAUUCACUACAGUUACACCUCAUGUUUGAAAAGAGCUUCUGACAAAUCUUACUUUCUUAUAAACUCUACCCUCUGACAGAGGUUGGAACACCCUCGCCAGAUAAUUUUCUUUUUUCUAAAUGUCAAGCAUUGCAUUCGUAGAUGGGCAGCUGGUAAAAGAAUUAAACUCUGUCUAGUUUGAAGUCCAAUGAAAGAAUUUGGGCAUUUUUCUGAACUUGGUUAUAUUUUCCAGUGAUUGUCUUAUACAGAACUAAGCUUGUUUAAUUUAAAUUGUUUGUUACCCAUAGUCCAAGUGACCUUUUUUUUUUUUUCCAUGGUUGUCAUCCCUUUAAAAAGAGUGGAACUUAGAAGCACUUCCAAGGGUAUGGCUUUUCUCAAAAAUUGAAUUUUUUUCUACAGAAACAAUAUUAUGAAGCAAGAUUAGCAAAGCAAAUCUUAUUUUUGUUUGUGUUUAAUUACUCUUAGUAUCUGAACAUGUCCACGUUGGGACAAACCAUUUUUAUUAUCAAUUUUUCAGUAUGACUGACAGCCCAAAGCAGAUGAUUUACUGAUUGUUGGCAGUUGAAAAUCGAGAAGCAUUAUAGUGAACUCUGGCAGUGCAUGAACUUCAGGACAGAUUUCUAAGGGAUAUGCCCUACAUAGAGUUUUGAAAUGGACAUUUUCAUGACAACAACAGAAUCAUCGGUUUAAACUUCUCAUCUUGUAAUCUUGGAUCAGAUUUGUUGGAUCAUUAGAUAAUGGAGUUCUUGUAUUACAAAAUUAUGUGAGACCAUUUUUGUUACAUUGCUACUAUAAGUGUUAUUGAUACUUUGAUUGAAUGAAAACUUCAGGGCUUGUUUUCUGUAUAUAACAAAAAAAUUAAACCUGUACAUAUUUUUGUACGUUUCAGUUAUGUAAAUUUUGCACAGAAAGUUUUGACAUAAAAUUUAUUUUCUUUCAAUUUAGUUCUGUGCAUGCACUAAUAAAACUGGUUGUUUAAUUUAAAAGGCGUAUAUAAGACUUUACCCAUGUUAUUUUCUUGGUUUUUAUUUCAGAUGUACUUUUUUUUUUUUUGGGUAAAUUCAUUUUUCAGGGAUUGAACACUAUUGUUAGCAAGUGCCUAAAAGAUGUGAAACAGUUUACAUUUGUCAACUGUAACAGUAGGUCCCAAAUGGGCCCAUUCCCCCAAUAGUUCUAUUUUAAAGAAAGCCAUACACAGAUGCUUCAAGCUAUCUUGCUAUGCACAUUAUACAUGUACUGGUUUUGUGCAGUUUGUCUACUUUCUUAGUGAAGUAUUUUUUGUAUAAAACCUGUUACAAUUGUGUUUCUUAAAUUGAGCCUAAGAAUGGAGUUGAUUGAAAAGAUACAGUAUAUAUUAAUGAUGUAUAUGAUGUUUAAAGAAUGGUAAGCAUUGUUAAUUUCUGUAAUGAACCCGUUUUCAAUUAAAUUUAUCUUGUUUGUGUUUACACAAUUCUUUUCACUGUGCUAAAAUUAAAUGGGAAUUUUAUUCUAAUGGGAAAUAUUUAGAUUUUAAAGUUCUUUUUUUAUGAUAGUGAACUAUGCAAAAUAAAAUGGGAUUUUUUUUCUUCUCCAAAAUCAUAGGUGAGAUUUUGUUUGAUAAGGGUAACAGUUAACUAUAAUUUUUCUGUCAUUGUACUGGGAAGGAAAGCCAUAGAGAGGCUUAUGCUUUUCAAUAUCCUAACAAGUAAAAGUGAAAUACUUUAUUGUGGAUGCAUCUGUUAUGAGGCAUCACUUCCUGUGGACAGAGCGAUGGGACUAUUUUGCCAGUAUUUGCAGCACUGUAACAAUUCAAAAUUGCCAUACCAGUAAUGAAUAAAAUCUUGAGAUACACAUUUUUUCUCUCAAAGUUUAAAAAGCCAUUUAAAAAUGCUUUAUGUCCAGAUAUUUUAGUUAGUACUCUCUCUGAUUUUUAUAAUUUUGGUUGCUCUGAAGGUGGCCAGUUUGCCUGGAACUUUGCUGCUGCAGUAGAACAUAGAAAAACCCAUUAUCCUUUCCUUCUCGCUGAAACUAAGUUAAAGGUGGCAUUCUAAAAUACGACAUUAAUAAUUUGUGUUUCUUACUGUAAGUGGAAUGGCUAAUUUUAUUUUUGCAAUCUAAUUUCAGAGUCAGAAAUGUUCUUUUUUCCCUGUUUGCUAAUCUUUACUAAAUGCACCUUGCUAAUUUUACAUUCACUUUAAAAAAGUUUGCUUUUUAGAAUUUUUUGACCUUAUUAAGCAUUCAGGAGCAUGUUAAAGUGCAAUAAUAGUUUUCAUGAAACAUUUUAUUAAGGGUCAGCAAAAUUUUUCAGUGAAGGGUCAGAUUGUAACUUUGUAGAUCAUUUAGUCUGUCAUAAACAGUCAAUGUAGAAGCAGCCAUAGACAAUACAUGAAUGAAUUAGUGAAUACAUAAAACCUCAUUUAAAAUACAGGUAGUUGAAUCUGGCCUAUCAAAUCAUUUACCAACCUUUUUUUCCCCCCUAAAAGCUAUGCUCUGGGAUUUUUAGUAAAAACACAAGUCUGAUAGUUUUUGGUGAUAGUCACCAGUUGUAUGAAUGUUACUAAGUAUAAAAAUUUAAAAUAUGAGCAUAAAUUGCCAAUGUAGAUGUGUUUGUAGUAAAAGGAAGACAAAAUGAAUAAAUGAAAAUGACUAAUGGGUAAAUUAGAUAAUCAUUUGUGUAAGAGUAAUGUAAUUUUUGGAGGAAUUAAAAAUGAGAUCAAACAAUUGCAUGAGAAUGUAUGUCCAGGUUAGAUUAAAAAUAAAUGCUAGUUCUUAUAGUGGUUUGAAAUAGCUGUUAAUAAAAAGUAAUUCUUUUUGGAUUGGGGAGAAUGGAGACGAGGUGAAAACAAUAUUGGGUUAAUCCCAUAUGACUAACUCUUGAUGGUUUUAAAUAAGUGAUUCCAUUUUGCCAUUGACAUCUGCUUAACUUGAGAUUUGUCACUUUUGGGUUGGAGCAUUGGUUCUGUGCUUUGCCUUGGCACUUUGUUAGUAUCCUAAUUUUCAGCUAAGUUCUUUGACUUUAUUGAAAUUUGCUGGGGGAAUUUUCAGGGCAUUUUUUGUUGAUAGUUAAGCAUGGCUUUAGCAGAAAAUUUCCCCUGUAAUGGAGAGUUGAAAUAGGACAGCUUGGUUGGUUUGGUGUUCACGGAUUUAAGUAUGUUUGCUUCCUUUAGUAAAUGGACAAUUGAGAAGUAAUAUCUUAGUGCUAUUUGACACAAUGAGGUACUUUUUGACUAGGUUAAAGGGACGUCUAUUAAUGGACACCCCUAAUUUAAGAGUUUUUUUCUGCUGGUUGAUAGGUUAAUAUUUUUCAU